AACCGAUCAGACUUGCCAUUCCGACUAAAAUACGGGCCGACAUACCGGCAACCGCCACGCUCUCGAGCCGUUUAGCAUCUCCACUGACGUCGUCGUCUCCCAAGAUGUCGGAAAAGAAAUCCACAAUCGACGACUUUACGGUGUUACUGAAGCAGACGGUGGAAGCGAAACGUCUGUCUGGUGGCAAGGUACAAGAGAUCGUACAGACCGGCGUCAAAUUCCUCAAGGACGAUCUCACCCUCCUAACAACCCUCUACAAGACGCAUAAAUCCCUCCCUCCCAGAUCCUCCGCCAAGAUCUCUUCUCUCUACAUCCUCGAUUCCCUCUGCCGAGGGGUCUACAAGCUCAAAGACAAGGAUAAAAACAAGGACGGAGAUGGAAAGACGGCCGGGUUGGCGAGAGGGUUCUUGAGCAAGGUCGAGGGGAUCUUGGAAGGGUGGGCUAGGGAUAUGUGUGAGGGAUGGUCCGAGGGGAGAGAAAAGAUGAUCAAGAUCCUCGAUAUAUGGACGAAAUCCCAGACCUUUUCCCCGGCAGCGUUAGCCAGGGUUCAGGGGAUCAUCGAUCAGACCGCUCUCACUGGAACAUCAAAUACGGCAGCGACGGGAACAUCAACGGGAGUAAGUAGCGCGAACAACGGUUUGCAAUCGACUACGCCACCGGGAAGUCCUCCCAAUGCGAAGACGGUCGGGAGAGAGAAUGGGGUUGUGGCGAUGGACGGGCCGGCUGCUGGAGCUACAAGGGGAACAGGUGAAUAUCCGUCUCGAUCUCUGUCUUUUCUUCUUCUUCUUUCGGUUCGGGUGCCAGUCGAUCUCGCACAAGUCGUGCGGGUCGGGCCGGGAUAGCGUGAAGCCGGGUGUUGGGGUUGGAUUUCGGGUUUGUUUUUGCGUUUCAUAGAGAAACAGCAAGCAAGAGGCGGCGCGCUGGUCACCACGAUCAUGGUCAUAUGCGAUCAUGACGACGAGCGACGGAAGUG